AUGAGUACCAGUUAUUGGACAAAUAAUACAACCAGAUCUUCAGAUCGAGCAAAUUUACUUUCAGGUAGUAGUAAUGAUAGUGACUCUCCACCAUCAGGAAGAAAAAUAAGACAUGAUCCCAGUAUAAGUGCUUCAAAAGUAUUUGAACAACAAAAUGAUUUAAGAUUGCAAGAAUUAAGUUCAAAAUUAACCACUUUACAUAAGAUUACACUUGAUAUUCAUGAUGACGUUAAGGAUCAAGUUAAUUUACUUGAUGAUACGGGAGAUACGUUUACAUCAGUUAAAGGAGGAUUGGGUGGAACUGUAGGAAAACUUAAACACAUGACAUCAGCCAGACAUAAACAAUAUAUGUGCUAUUUAAUUCUUUGCAUUGUGGGGAUAUUUUUCUUGAUUUAUACUUUUUGGGGAUUUUGGAGUAAAGAGGAAAUUGAAAUGACUGAAAUGGUACGGAAUGAUGUGUGA